AUGUUUGCCCUUCCAGAGAAAGAUCGCCAGGCAUUCUUUGGCAUACUAGACGAGUACUUUUCGCAGAGACCGCAUCUUUUGAACGGAACCACUCAUGCAGUAGAAAGCAAUACGACAAAUACUUCUGCUACAACUAAAAAAGCCGCGCCACCUCCGCCACCACGACAGCGGCAGCAUACGCAGGCCGCGACGUCUUCAUCGUAUUAUCCACCAAAAGACGAGUCGCUGGCGUCAGCUGUAAGUGGUAUGUCCAUGUCGUCCAUUCAUAAGGAUAUUCGGCGCCCAGAAGGGCUCACCACGGGCAAGUCUAUCGGAAAGCUUGACGUAUCGUCACCGGGAUCCGCACUCAAGUCUGCCUUGAAAAACACAUCAGAGAUGGUCCAGAACAGGAUCCAGCAGAAUGCUAGGGAGCAGGAGACUGCCCACGCUGUGCCAUCCGUGGACGCAGCAGCUCACGCAGAUGCACCGCCUGCAGAGGCAACGGCUGCGACUUCGUCUGGCCUAGGGGAAGCUACGGCUCUGUAUACCUUCCAAGGAGCUCAAGCAGGCGACCUGUCCAUUACGCAAGGCGAGCGCAUCGUUCUCCUGGACAAAGUGAAUGACGACUGGUUCCGCGCACAGAGUGUGAAUGGCGCUGUCGGCAUCGUACCCUCCAACUAUAUCCAGCGCACAUAG